CAAGUCUGUGCGCGUUUGUGUAUCGCAUCGUAUUCCCAUUUCUAUUUUCUAGUCAUAACAAUGUCGGCUACAACUGCUACAGUAACCGUAGAAACAAGUACAGCUUCUUGGAGAAAGAGAUCUCGAGAAGACGACUCGACAACUCAAAUGGAUUUGAAGAGGCCUCGUUGUUAUUAUUUUAGAUUAGAGAGUGAAAGUUCGAAGGCCUCCGAAGAAGAUACCGAAAGUGUUUAUAGUUUACAGGAUAGAGAAACCGACGUCGUAAGAGAUACCUCUGACACGGAUUCAAAAUCGGGGUGCAGCGAUGCAGAGGAAUACGAAGUGCAUUAUGAAGAGUACGAUGUCGCCAGCUUGUCGGGAAGUGAAAAUGGAUUCAGCCAGUCGAAUUCUUCCAGUGAUUCAGAGGCCAGCAUGAUGCUAGCAGCGGCGGCGGCCGUCAUUUGCGACACCUCCCUGGAGAACUGGAUAACGGACUGCGAGGACUCGGACAACAGUUCCCUGGAGGAGUUAUCGUUCAAGGAAGUGGAUUUCUCGACUUGCAUACAGUGCAAGUCGGACAACAAUAAUCCGCUCUACAGAUAUUGCGAAAAAUGCUUCCAGCAGACCUGCAGGCAAUGCAAGAUGCGCAAGACGUUCAAAUGUUUCCCGUUGUGCGUUUAUUGCUAUAAGGAUCGAAAGAAAUUUUAUCCGCCGAGGCCCAAAAGGAACAAGAAAUCGAGAAAGGACAAGCAGAAGGAACCGCCGGUCAAAUUGGACGUUCUAAGGACGUGUUUGAAUAAUCUGUCGCAGGAUUCCGGAAUAGGUUCUAGUCAGGAGUGGCAGGUUUUCGGCAUGGCGCAAAUCGUUUUACCGGACAGCCUACCAUCAGGUACGUCGCAAAUUUCAACUAUAACCGAAUUGAGCGAAAACGCUGAGGAUGAUAUCGAGAAAAAGUCAUCCGAAGAUGUUACGUCUUCUAGUCUUGAGCAAAUAGGUGGUAAUAAUAACGAAAGUCAAACGAGGGUUCAAGAAACGAAAGUCUCGGAAAGUAGCAGUAGUUUUUCUAGCACGAAUACGAAUCGUAAUGUUGGGAAAGGGCGCAAGCGUUACUUAUCGGAGAGUAGUUUGUCUGAUUUCGACGUAAAGCCGCAUGCGAGCAAAGUUUGUAAAAUCGCACUACCCGAAAACGACCAGCCUCUGUCGCAAAGUCAGACGUCGGAUUUGGGGUCUGAAAUCGGCAGCACGUCGUUUAUUUCUUCGAUCACAGAGAAAUCGAACACGACCGAUGGCGAAGGUUUGAAAGGGAACGGUUCCGAAAACACGGAACUGUGCAUCUUUUGUAACGACGCACCCAAAGACGCCAUAUUCCUGCACUCGAAGGUGGCGCAUCAAUGUUGUUGUUAUAGGUGUGCGAAGCGUACGAUAAAGACUAGAAAGAGGUGUCCGAUUUGUAACGUCGCUGUCAGCAAAGUAUUCAGGGUGAUAAAGUCGUAGUGAUUUGGAAUUUGUAUAUAUUUUUCUAGUAGGUGUACAGAAGAAAAUGUAAUAAUUUAUUAAAAAUAGUUCAAAUUAUUUUCGAAUUUUUAUGUAUUACAUAAAAAAAAAUGGUAACGGCACUCAACACGUGCACGGCAGACAGUUAGUCUGUAAUAUCACGCAUCUCAGAAAUUUAAGAGUGUUAAGACUGACCCAAAGAUUAAUAUAUACUUUUUUUUUAAGUUUAUUUUAGCGUUUUAGCAUAUUGUGUUUUAGAAAACUGUUUUUGAAUAUAUAGUUAUUUUUUCCACAGAGGUUUAUUUAAAAAAAACAACACGCUCUUAAAUUUUUGAAAUGCUUUGUAAACUUAUAUUAUUAACAGAUAAAAUGUAUAGUUUGGGGCUUGUAUUUGUAUAACAAAAAAAAAUAAUAAGUUAAAUAAUGUUCGUAUAUGAAUAUACGGGGUGUUUCGUAAUGGUGUGCAAA